AUGGCGUGGCGGACCUCAAAGCGCCCGGCGCUGGUCCAUCUCUUGGCUGCUGUCGUGCCUGUCGCGUGCUCGUUGGUGCUGUCCCUUCAGGUGCCAAGUGUUGCGGCGUCUCGGUACAAUUAUAAUGGCGUCAAACGGUCUGGACUUGUCGACGUUGUUGACGAAGAUGAAGACGAGGAGGAGUUGGAAAAGGGGUGGGAUUUCAUGGACGACGACGCUAUCUUGGGACUUGACGAGCGGCACAGUGAUACGAUUGGAGCAAACGCGAUGAAAACUGACGUCAUGUGCGUCGAUUCAUUGCCAUAUGAUCGCGUGGACGAUGAUUACUGCGACUGCAUCGAUGGGAGCGACGAGCCCAACACGUCGGCGUGUUCUUACGUCCUGCUGAGCUCGGAGAAGGCACCAUUUGGUCGAGAGUUUCGCUGCAAGUCCGACGAUAAACUGGUGUCAAUGACCUGCGUAGACGACGGAGUGUGCGACUGCUGUGAUGGGAGCGAUGAGGAUGAGGGGAUGUGUAGUGACACUUGCCAGAAGGAAUGGCAGAUGAGACUGAAGACGCUUGACGAGAGGAUGGAAGCGGUGCAAGAGGGAUUUAAAUACCGUAAAUUGUACUUGCAGGAUGCUAUGGACAAAGUUGAGCAGCUGACGGACGACCAUAAACGCCUCGUUGACGCUUAUCAGACUGGCAAGUAUGCUUAUGAAGAUACCCAACGUCGGGCACAACACGAUCCAGCGCUGCGACAAGAGCUAGAGUAUUCGUUUAAUGUGCUACGUAGGGUGCAGUAUAUCACGUACGUGCAGAGUCGUGUCGUUGAUCCAGGCACAUUCUUGACCGCCGACUGGAAACCUGCUUUUGUGAAGCUUGUGGGGCGGUGUUUCUCGUACACAGUGGACGAAAAGGCAUUGAAGGGCGGGACGCCUAAUGUUAUCCCUCGCACGUAUGAAGUGGUUUUGUGUCCAUUCCAAAAUAUCUCACAGGCAGAACCGUCGUACGUACAAUGGAUGAAGGAAGAACGCCGAACAAAAGGCGUAGCUGCUGCGGUGGAUGAAAGCGAAAAGGAAGAAGAAGACGGAAAUCCACGACCGAUUAUAUUGGGCAUCUGGAACGAGUGGCAAGAUACGGUCGGUUUUACUCACGUACAAAGUUACAACCACGGCGAGCAUUGCAAUAAUGGGAAGGAGCGCCAGACACGUGUAGAGCUUUCUUGCGGCGCAACGAAUCGUGUAGUGUCUGUGGAGGAGCGUGAAAUGUGCGUCUACGAGAUUCGUUUUGAGACCCCAGCUGCGUGUGAUGAGCUUGAAGAAAGUGCAUUGCUGGAAGAAAUUAAUCGACUCAAACGAUUCCCGAGAGAUCAACGACGUCAGGACGAAGCUGCUGCAAAGGUGAAUCGUCGACCGGAUGAUCAUGAGGAGCUGUAG